AUGUCCAUUUUUCCACGAAUUUCAAUGAAGCCUGAAGUGACUGAAUAUCUUCGAAGUGUCUUCUUAAACAAGGAGGCGGUGGCUGCUGUGGGUCAUCAGGAGGCGGAGCUACACUUCCAGAGGCUGCUUCUGUGUUUGUCCCACCCGCCUUCACACACGUGUGUGCGAGCCAGCACACACCUGGCUCCCCUGGAAGAGAUCCGACACGAGCUGCGAGAGGAGCUGAAGAAGCAGGCGCGCAGCUCGUCAGCAGAAGAAAUUCAAAUUGUUCCACAUCCCCGUGUUGAAGAUGUUCUGCUACUUCCUGUUGAUGGUCCCAGGUAUGAGAGGAGUGUUUUUCGAACGACACCCGUGACGCAGCUCAGCUCAGAGGUGGUGGUGGGCGCUCAGUGUGGCAGUGCCGUACUGAGGGGGGCUCACGUCUUCCAUCCAGGGAUCACUGCCAGCCCCAAGUACAUGAAGAUUGGAGACGCUGUGUCCGUCUUCUCCGAUUUGGAGGGAAGAUGCACUCGAGGAGCUUUUAGUUUCCAGGGAAACAAGGUGUUUGUGGGAAAUGGAGUUGCUGAAAUGGAUCGUUCGCGCAUCUUCGCCACAGACGAACCUCCCAGAGGUGUUGGCGUUCGGAUGGUGGAGCCACUUUACCAGAGUCCCUCCUUCGACGGAGUCCUGCCGAGCCUGGUGUUCUUACAGAACCUCCCCUCUGUGGUUGCGGGACACGUGCUCGGGCCUCGACCUGGAGAACGGAUCUUGGAUAUGUGUGCUGCACCGGGAGGAAAGACCUGCCACAUAGCUGCUCUUAUGGAGGAUCAGGGAGAAGUUGUGGCCUUGGAUCGAAUCCGAAACAAGAUCGAACGAAUUCGUCAGAACGCACAAAUGCUGCAUUUGAAAAGCGUCAAAGCUUAUUGUUUCAACAGCGUUCAGGCUGUGAGCGAUGACCCGUCACAGGAAACCGAAGGACCUCCUUUCCCUCCAGAGAGUUUUGACCGAGUUCUCCUCGAUGCCCCCUGCAGCGGCCUCGGACGGAGGCCCAACAUGUCCUGCACCUGGAGCCUCAAGGAGAUUUGUUCUUACCCGCCGCUGCAGCGCAAGUUGUUUCAUGCUGCGGUUCAGCUGUUAAAGAAAGGUGGUGUUUUGGUGUACAGCACCUGCACAGUGACUCUAGCAGAGAAUGAGGAGCAGGUAGCCUGGGCCCUCAAGACCUUCCCUGACCUCACUUUGCAGCCACAGGAGCCUCACAUCGGCGCAGAGGGCAUGCUGGGAGCCGGCCUGUCAGCUGAGCAGCUGCGCCUCCUCCAGAGGUUCAGACCGGAGCUGAGCUGGGAGCAGACAGACGCCACAGCCCCCGUCGCCUGCAGAGCAGACGGGGACACCAUCGGCUUUUUUAUUGCCAAGUUCCUGAAAAACUGACUGGAGGGCCCGUUUCCUCGAUGCUGUCCCCCACUUGAGACUA